AUGGCAAAAGAGCAAAAAACAGCCAAAUGUACAAUAUCGAAUUGUGCACACAAGGAAUUUUCAUGUGGAAACGAAGAUUAUCGCAAAAAAAAGAAGAAGAUACAGAAUAAAAGUGGUACUAUUGAAGGAUUCUUUAAAAAA